AUGGAAGAGUUUCAAGAUAAGAUUAAUGAAUUCAGAAUGAAUGAAAUGGAGGCAAUGGGCCAAGAGUAUGUGACAGUGGAAACGCAGGAAGGUACACUGAGGGGUCUGAUGACAGAGACGUACACAAACGUAGCCAUGUACAAGUUUGAAGGUAUUCCGUAUGCAGAACCACCAAUUGGAGAUCUCCGUUUCCAGCCGCCGGUGCCAAAAGCAGCGUGGUCUGGUGCUCGGGACGCCUUGCAGGUGGGAUCCAAGUGCCCACAGUACAGGGAUAACGAGGUGUCCGGUGACGAAGACUGUCUGUACCUCAACGUCUAUGGACCAGGGGAUGCCUUACAAAAUGCAACUCUGAAACCGGUGAUGGUUCGGAUUCACGGUGGAUGCUUUACAGGAGGAUAUGGUCACGGAACUAUACCUAACUACUUCGUGGACAACGACGUCGUAAUUGUCAGCAUAAAUUAUCGUCUGGGACUACUAGGUUUCCUGAGUACCGGCGAUGAGGUGGUCCCUGGGAACAUGGGUCUUAAGGACCAGACAGAGGCUCUGCGUUGGGUACAGAGGAACAUAGCGGCGUUUGGUGGAGAUCCAGAUAGAGUAACCAUCUUCGGACAAAGUGCUGGAGGGGCAUCUAUUCAUUACCACAUCCUGUCUCCCAUGAGCAAAGGUCUUUACAAGAAUGCUAUAGCAAUGAGUGGGUCAGCACUAAAUCCGUGGGCAUUUUCUAGGAAUGCAACAGAUAGAGCAAUACGGUUUGCUCAACAUUUAGGAUACACAGGGAAAACUUCUAACGACCUACUCAAGUUCCUAAAAGAUGUGGACGCAUACACACUCGUGUUGGACGAAAAGACUGCUCUUUCGGAAGAGGAUACCAAGAGUUUGUUCCAAUGUGUGUGGGUACCAAGUGCCGAGCCGGAACACGAUGGAGCGUUUCUGACCGAACAGCCUUGGAAACUUGUGUCUGAGGGGCGCUACAAUCUGGUACCUUUCAUGGCUGGCGACACGGAUCUGGAGCGUGUUGCACACACACAGCCUGGAGGACAAUUAUCAACAGAAGCAGCAAUAAAGAAUCUCUACGACAACUUUGAUGAAAUAGUGGGGAACGAUCUACGACUUCCGACAAAGGAGGAACAACAGGAAGGUGCUGAAUCAAUUAAAAAAUGGUACUACAACGGCAGCGACAUCACGCUGAAGGACAACUACACCACCGCUCUGGUACCAUAA